GGUUGGUUCAUUAAUCAAUUGCUAUUAUCUUAGCAUCAUUUUCCCUAUUAAUUUAAACUAAGUCAAAAGUUUUACACCUUUGCUAAUCCUAAAAUUGUGUCCACAUGAAUUCCUCUAUACUAGACUCAAAUAACUCCUUCCAGUAGCAAGAAAACAAGUUCUUCCAUACCAACAAAAUGGAUGCAAGGUUGAUUCAUGCUGCACAGAAUGGAACCAUUGAAGAUCUUGCUGAGUUGCUACGAGAAAAUCCUCUGAUCCUCCACACCAUCGGCCUGUUCUCCAUUGACAACUCCUUGCAUAUUGCUUCUGCUGCAGGGCAUGUGGGUUUUGUGAAGGAGAUUAAGAGGCUGAAACCAGAGUUUGCAAAAGAAUUAAACACGGAUGGGUUCAGCCCCAUGCACAUGGCUGCUGUCAAUGGACAUGUAGAGGUUGUGAGGGAGCUGCUGAAGGUUGACCAGAAACUCUACCGUCCUGCGGGAAGAGAGAAGAAGACUCCCAUUACGCGGCUAUCAAAGGGAGGGUCAAUAUGAUAAAUGAAAUGCUCCUGAGUUCAGCAGAAUGCAUCAGAGACGUGACUGUUCAAGGAGAGACUGCUCUGCAUCUUGCCAUCAAGAACAGCCAGUUUGAACCAGUUAAAGUUUUGGUUGAUUGGAUUAGAGAGAUGAAGAAUGAGAGCAUCUUGAAUCUCAAGGAUGAACAGGGCAAUACGGUUCUGCACCUAGCAACCUGGAAAAAACAGCGGCGGGCAAGUAUUUUCUGCCGUGAAAUUGCUCUUUAUUGAUAUUGUCUACUUUUCCAAACUUUUAUACUUGUGAAGAUGGAAACUAUGAAGGGGAAAAAUAUCCAAAAUAGAAAUUUUUUUGCAGGUGAUAGAAUUAUUACUUGGCAAGGGAACAUCUGGCUCAGGCUCCUCGGUAGUAAAUGCCAUAAAUCCAA